AUGCCAAAACGAUACCUCAAUGUUGAAUACAACACUAUUUCUACUGAAAUCGAUGUGACUGACUUUGAAGACCUGAGUGACGUUCAGGAUGUUAUCAAGUCUGAGUAUGGUCCUGCUAUGGCUGACAUUGAUGCUCCUCAACUCCAACUAUACACCAACAGUAACAGGGACCAACUAAUCAACACCUGGGCUUUACUCGACUCCCUUCCUCAAGAAUACUUUACUCAAAAUGGUUAUUGUGUUGUCAUUGGUUGUUUACCUCUACCCACCAGGGAACCAAGCAAAAGUACCAUUUUUGAUGCAGGUUCUACUUCUUUAUCAACAGCAAACCAUCAAGACUUUUCUCCUAAACGACAACGUACCGAACCCAAUGAUUUGACAACCCAAUUCAAGUCGUUUUCAAACGCCCAGCUGAUCGAUGAAUGCAUACAGUCGACAGAUCAUGUCUUUUUCCCAUACACCCAAGACAAAAUCCAAAAACUAUAUGUUAGAGAGUGCUAUCAUGAUGUGUUUGGCUUGCUUUUGGAUCAAAUUGAUCGUGGCAUGGAAUCAUUUGCAAUAUCUGGAACAUCAGGCAUCGGAAAGUCACUGUUUUUUGUCUACAUAUUGCAUCGCUUGAUGGAUGACUUUACCACGAAAACUCUGUCCUUGAAGCCAAACCGGAUUGUUUAUCAAGUGGGAUCCUCGUACAAAUGCUUUGACUUGCAGCAACAACUCGUCACAGAGCUUGGACUUGAAGUGGUCAAUAUUGUUUGGAAACAAGACACAUUGUAUAUUGUUGAUGGACACACGAUUCCAAGAUCAUCAUGUUGUAUUGUCUUGUUCAUGUCAUCUCCUCAGUCUGAAUGGUACAAGGAAUUCGUCAAACAAAAGAUGGCAAGGCAAUGGUAUUUUCCUGUUUGGACUUUGGACGAGUUACAGGCUUGCCGACGUCAUUGCUAUCCGGAUGUACCCAUUGAGACUAUCAAUGAGAGAUAUCGCAUGUAUGGUGGUGUAGCUCGUCAUGUCUUUGAUAUUGUAUCAAAUCCAAUGGAGAAAGCUUUGGCUGAUGUUGAUGCAGUCAAAGGGGUACGAAACAUUGGAUUCACAAUCAAAAUAUCUGCAAAUACUCAUACAUUGCUUCAUACCAUUGUGUCGGACGACGGACAGUACAGAUUCCUGCAUGUUGAUAUUGCUUCAAGAUAUGUUGGAGAACAACUCUGGCAACGUCACUCUGCUCAAAUGAUUACCAAUAUGCAGCAAAUGUUUGAUAGUAUUUCAACCGAGAUUUCAAGACAUUUGUUUGAAAUAUACGGACAUGUGGUUUUUUGUACUGGUGGACAAACUCUCAAAUGCAGAUGCUCUUGUUCAUUAACGUAUAGUGACAUAUUUAUGUAG